AUGGACGUUCACGAUCCUCAAGACAUCGCCCGCGCGCAGAACGAGCUCCUGCGCGAGGCGUUGGGACGAAGACCGCCGCCGCCGGCUGAUGAAAACGAUGCCGGCGAAAACCACUCGCUCGCGCCGUACGCGCGCACGGAACCGCGACGACGGGCGAUAGCGCUCGAGGCGGCGCGCGUGACGUCGUCGGACGUGGUCUACGACCUGGGCAGCGGCGAUGGCGCGGUGUUGAUCGACGCGGCGGAGCGGUACGGAUGCGCGUGCGUCGGACUCGAGCUCGACGCGAGCUUGGUGAAGACGAGCGAGGAAGAGGCGAAACGGCGAGGGGUGGAUGAUUUGGUCGCCGUGCGGCAGUGUGAUUUAACGCGCGUGCGAGCGGAGACGUUGGCGCGUGGAAUCGAGGAUUUACCUCCGCCCACGGUGGCGUACGCGUGGCUCACGGGCGGCGGUCUGAGUCGAUUUUCAAGUAAAUUGCGCGAAGCCUGGGAGGUUGGUGAUUUCAGGAUAGUGACGUGCGUCGAUUCCUUGGACGCGUGCGUGGAUUUCGAGCGCGACGGCGCGUUCGCCGAGCACAUCGAUCGGGGUUGGGAGGUACACAGAGGGAAGGAGGCUGCGUUCGGCGUCUUCGUCGUGCCUCCCAAAAGCGUUUCUUUAGAGAAAUGGGCGCGCGAAGAGCGCGCGUGUUGA